UCUUAAAUGACGUCACGUCCCGCAAACGCGAUACGCACUGGGUUUUUAUAGACACAGGGUCGCACAUUGCGGUAACAAAUUAUUGUAAACGCGGAAAAAAGAGGAGGUUUCUUUCUACACAGACAGUGCUGCUAUUUACAAAAGACUAUUCAUACGAAAGGCAACAGUUUGUCUCAAAGAUGAAUUUUGAGCAGCCUCCUCCGUACCCAGGCAAUGGCCCCACUGCUCCAGGCUACCCUGGCCAAGGCCCGCCCCAACAGGGCUACCCCCCUCAGGGGUAUCCUCCACAAGGAUACCCUGUAAACAUGGCACAGCCUAAUGCAGCGUACCCCAACUACCCUGCAGGACAGAUGGGCCCCGGGGGUCCGUACCCUGGCCCUGGACAGCCUGCUUAUGGAUACCCUGGUCAAGCACAGCCUGGCUGGCAGGGGGGGCCUCCUCCUGGGCCCAUGUACGGGGAAGCUCCAAAGAACACAGUGUACGUGGUGGAGGACAGGAGAAGGGACGACUCGGGAGACACAUGCCUGACAGCCUGCUGGACGGCUCUGUGUUGCUGCUGUCUGUGGGACAUGCUGACAUAACUUUACCCCCCCCCCCUCAUGUUCGCCCCCCAUUUCUGUGCCUCAAGCCCUCCCCUCAUCUGCCUUAUACCUCACACUCCUUUUACAAAUCCACCCCUCUCCGUCUAUAAAUAAAAGCCUUGAUUCCAAUAUGGAAGCCUCAUCUACCUUGAUGUGACCCCCCCCCCCUCCCAGCACUGACCGGCCCACCUUGUCCAGGGGCUACUCCGUAGCAGCUUGUACCUAGCUUCUCAACGUAACCCUACAUUUCAGGCUACUCUUUAUAAUCUUACAAUAAUGCACACACACAUAAAGAUAAAAACACAUUAACACACGGUACACUUGGAUCUCAGGCUCAUCUGGUGUGAGGCUUUCUUGGCACUUUAUGAUGAUUACCUCUGUAAGAUACUACUCCUGCUUGUCCUGCCAAUCAUUUGCUGCACUCCCUUCUGCUUCGCCGAUGGUAACCCCUUACCGCGGACACCCCCCAACCCCCCACCCCAAAGGCCACCAAGACCCUGGCUGUUGAUGAGCCACAGGCCGCUCUUAAGUCAACGCCUGAAAUGUAUCCCUUUCAGUUGCACAGGGGCUGUUUUUUUGCCGCCGUAUGUCUUCAGGUGGAAUCAUAUGAAUGCGUUUUUAAAGAUGACAGCGAUUUGGUGAUUACUGUUAACAGUCAAUGGCCACAUGUUUUUUUUUUUGUUUUUUUUUUCCAUGAUCUAGCUAUGAAAGAAUAAAAAUCGGAUGUUAUUUUUAUCAUAAACCUUAAAAUAAACUGAAAGUAUGGAGGAAAAAAAGUGCUUGCUUAACAGAAGACACCAAAUGACCUGUCUGAUGCCUUUUGUUUUGCCUUGAUGAAAAACAUUGCAUUAAAAUGAUUUAUUCCCAUAAA